UGUCAGCUUGUAGUUUUCAAUGAACUACUGCGUGCUGUAAGAAACCACAGCCAGAGGCAGGAGACACAGGCAUUGGACCAGGGGCGGACUGACAACUCAUGGGGCCCCCGGGCAAUAAGGGAUCCUGGGGCCCCUGUGUCCUUGCUGAAACUCAAAAAAGCCUAUGAAAAAGGUACCAGGGGCAUCUCAUGGGGCCCCCUACUGACCCCGGGCCCUCGGGCAGUGCCUGAGUUUCCAAAUGGUCAGUCCACCCCUGCAUUG